UCUAUAAAAAAUCUGCAUUUUUUCGAAGCAAAUUCUAAAUCUCUCUCAUUCUCUCUCUGCGCAAUGGACUGUGCCUCCGAAGAAUGCUCCGAUGACAUUCAACGACCGGACUCACACAAGGACCAACGAGUCUAUUUCGUUCCUCACAGGUGGUGGAAGCAUGCUCAGGGUUCAAUGCCUGCUGAUUUUGAUAAGAAGAAGGGGAUUGUUUAUACCUCUUUGCCUGGUUCAUCCUAUGCUGGUCCUAUGAAGAUCAUCAAUAAUAUCUUCAACUCAGAUCUUGUAUUCAAUCUUAGGAGGGAGGAAGAUUCACAGCAGAAUAGUGAAAAUGGCGAAGUGGGUGUAUCUGGCCGGGACUUUGCUUUGGUAUCUGGGGAUAUGUGGUUGCAGGCACUCAAGUGGCACAGUGAUUCGAAAAAUACAAUGAAGGAUGACAAAGGUUUUUCAGCUACCGACAGUGAUAUGGCAGAGGUAUAUCCCUUACAGCUCAGGCUUUCUGUUCAGAGGGAAACAAAUUCAUUUGGUGUAAGAAUAAGCAAAAAGGACAAUACAGUUGAGCUCUUUAAGAGAGCCUGCAAAAUGUUCUGUGUGGAUUCAGAGAUGUUGCGCAUUUGGGACUUUUCAGGUCAGAUAACCUUGUUUUCUAUGUAUGACAAGAAUCAGGUCCCAAUAGAAUGUCAAAGGCAGUCUGAUCAGGAGAUUCUUCUGGAGUUGCAAGUUUAUGGGUUGUCAGACUCAAUGAGAUGUAGGGAGGGGAAAAAAGAUGAGAUGGCUAGUUUUUCUGGCAGUGCUUCACUGAAGAUGAAUGGCACUGCUGACAGUAUGAAUUCUGAUUGUAUGCAUACCGAUUCCUUGACCUUCUCUUUAGGCCCUGGUGAAGCUGGUUCCUUGGGAUUAACUGGAUUACAUAACCUAGGAAAUACUUGCUUCAUGAACAGUUCCCUCCAGUGCUUAGCACAUACGCCAAAGCUUGUUGACUAUUUUCUGGAAGAUUAUGGUAGAGAAAUCAAUCACGAUAACCCAUUGGGCAUGAAUGGUGAGAUAGCUUUGGCAUUUGGAGAUUUACUUAGGAAGUUAUGGGCUCCUGGAACCAGUCCAGUGGCACCAAGAGUGUUCAAAUCAAAGCUUGCUAGAUUUGCACCUCAGUUUAGUGGAUUUAAUCAGCAUGAUUCCCAAGAGCUUCUUGCUUUUUUAUUGGAUGGACUUCAUGAAGAUCUGAAUCGUGUUAAAUGUAAGCCUUAUAUAGAAGCCAAGGAUGGAGAUGAUCGACCAGAUGAAGAGGUUGCUGAUGAAUACUGGCAUAAUCAUUUGGCUCGCAAUGAUUCUGUCAUUGUUGAUGUGUGCCAGGGUCAAUAUAAAUCAACAUUAGUUUGUCCUGUUUGUAGGAAGGUCUCUGUGACAUUUGAUCCAUUCAUGUACUUAUCAUUACCUCUACCUUCAACAACAAUGCGGACGAUGACUUUAACUGUUGUUACUAGCAGUAAUGAUGGAAUGUCUCAGUUAUCGCCAUAUACCAUUUCUGUUCCAAAACAUGGAAGAUUUGAAGAUCUGACCUGGGCUCUUAGCAGUGCAUGCUCUUUAGGGGCUGAUGAGACCUUAUUGGUAGCUGAGGUAUACAACAACUGCAUCAUACGUUUUCUUGAAGAUCCAGCUGAUUCAUUAUCCUUAAUCAGAGAUGCUGACAAACUAGUUGCUUAUCGACUUAUGAAAGAUAGUGGGGAUGCCCCUUUGGUCAUCUUUAUGAAUCAGCGCAUGGAGGAGCAGUACAUCCAUGGGAAAUUGACUCCAAAUUGGAAGGCCUUUGGAAUUCCUGUUGUGACUAGGCUUUGCAAUACUAUAAAUGGAUCUGAUCUCCGCAAUUUGUAUCUAAAGUGGUUCCGUCCAUUUCAAAUUUCAAUUGAAGAGGCCUUAGAAAAUUGUGUUGUGUCAAAGAAAGCUGAGGAAGUUGCAGAACUGGAGGGGGUCUCAACUCCUAGUGUAGGUCCAAAUGCGAAUGGGAUCGAUACUCCUUCAGAUGGAGGAAUGGAGUUUUACAUAACAGAUGAAAAGGGAACUGUCAAGAAUUCCAAGAUAUUAAUGAAUGAGCCAUUAGCAAUAAAUAGAGAGUUAAGGCUGCUGCAUGUUCUUGUAUGUUGGUCAGAAAAACAGAUUAAAAAAUAUGACACACAACUUUCUAGUUCAUUGCCUGAGGUUUUCAAGUCUGGUUUUUUGGCAAAGAGACCUCAAGAAUCAGUUUCUCUGUAUAAGUGCCUUGAAGCGUUCUUGCAAGAAGAACCUCUUGGACCAGAAGACAUGUGGUACUGUCCUAACUGUAAAAAACAUCAUCAAGCUAGUAAGAAGUUAGAUCUUUGGAGACUUCCUGAAAUUUUGGUCAUUCAUCUUAAGAGGUUUCAAUAUAGUCGGUACAUGAAAAACAAGCUGGAGACAUAUGUUGACUUCCCUGUAGAUAAUCUUGAUUUGUCAGCUUAUAUUACCCAUGGGAAUGGCAAGUCUUACCAUUACACGCUUUAUGCUGUCAGUAACCAUUAUGGAAGCAUGGGAGCUGGUCAUUACACUGCAUUUGUCCAUCAUGGUGCUGAUCAAUGGUAUGACUUUGAUGAUAGCCGUGUUUAUCCCAUCAGCAAGGAGAAGAUAAAGUCUUCAGCUGCCUAUGUUCUUUUCUACAGAAGAGUUUUUGAAAAUACUAACAUAAUGAUAGAGUAGCAUAUAGUUUUAUCAGCCUAUUGAAGCUAGAUACCAUUUGUUAACAUAAUUGCCACCAUAUUCUUACAAGUGUACAGUGGUUCCCCUUGGCGCAAAGUUAAGAUUACUACCUUGCGGCAUGGUGAUCAAGAGGAUCUAGUUAUGGAAAAAAUAUCUGCUCAUGGAGUUAAGAUUGUGUACAUCUGAUCCUCUUCAAACCCCACAAUGGUCCCUUUUUUUUUAUAAGAAAAGACUUGCUAGUAUACUUGACAAGGUAGAAUUCUUUUGUCAUUUACUUUUUAAGUUUUAGACUAGUCGGAGUUUUGGUAGGGAAGAAAUGGAAACUUUAAAACUUAGGCAGAACUAAGGAAAUAGUAACAACUCAAGAGGUGAGGGGCAGACCCAAUGGAUGGAAGCAUAUUGUUUUUUCCUGUUUAACUUUGUAAAGAGAAUUUUGUUCUAAUAAAGAGAGUUGGACAGUGAA